AAUUCAAGAAAGCAAUAAACCUUUCUUCAGAUAUUUCUCCUUCUUUUCGAUUUCUAACAAUACUUUUUUUCUUUUGACAAAGAAAUUGCUAGUUAGGUUAGGGUUUUUUCUAAUUGUAUUUCUUUACGUAUAAUUAAUACAACUUUUAAUAAUUGGGAGAAUGGAGACUACUAGGGUUCGAGAGAGAGAGAUGCAGCGGCCAGGGCAGACAGCAGCUUCCAACGGCGGCAAGGCUCCAGGCGGCGGAUUCCAGGCGGUUGUGGGGAAGAAUAAGUGGGUUGAAAAGCAACAGCCACAAGGUAUGAUAGCAACGGGGAAGGUAUCAGUUAAAAGACAUGAGGAUCGGGGUAUAGAGCAGAGGGUAUUGGGUGCUGAGAAUGAGGGAGAGGGAUUGGGUGCAAAGGAAAAGGUACAGGAAAAGAGGAUGGGUGCAGAUAGAGAGUGUAUUAUUGCAUUUGAGCCUACAAAGGAAGAGACUCAAUGGUUGGAAGGGGGCAUGGUCGCUGUCUUGAAUUCUUUAAUGUCAGUGACAGGUAUCCAAGAGAGAAUGGAUGUGGAUGGAGGGCUACUUGCGUUAUUUCCAUUAGGGGGAAGUUCAGUGCUGAUUCUUGAAAAGGUGAAGGGCUACCUUGGAAGAACAUUCGGGGAGGUGGUGAGGGUGUAUGAGGAUACCAAAUCCAAAGCUAUUUUGUGUGAAGGAAGGGUACUGGUUCUUUGUUCAGCUACACACAGUAUUUCGAAUGUGUUGAAAUUGAAGUUAGCUGGACAGCUACAUGAGAUACAAGUAAUGAAGGAGGGAUGGAGAUCAGACCCAGAUUGGUGGCUAUCGGAGGGUGACCGACGGAGUACGACGGGGACUCCAUCGGAAUAUUCCUCCACGCAUAUUGAUAGUGAGGAUCAAAGAUUUAUUGAUGACGAGAUUCUCAGUGAAGAUGAAGAUAACGUUGAAUUGGAGCUGUUACAGGAGAAUGGAAUUUUGAAUUCAAAAAGCAAGCAAAUUGAUGGUGAGUCGCUAACGGUAGGAGAUGGGGGUUAUGACGGUUGUAAUGAGAAUGGGUUGAGGAGUGCUAACGGGUUGCUAGAGGAUUAUAAGGGGUUAAAGGACAAUGGGCUUGUGGAUGUUAAUGGGCUUGAGGAAGUUAAUGGGUCUGGAGAAGAUGAUGUAGAAAGUUCUUUUAGUAAGAUGUCUAAGGACUCAAAGCAAACAGGGGCAUCACGUGAUAAGGAGAGAAAGGCAUCAGACUUGGCGGGAAAAAGACAUAGAAAAGUGGCAGAGUGUUAUCCAGAAGAAAUUGCAGAAAUCUGGAAUGAGAAAGUAGAGUGGGUGAUGAGACGGACAAAGCAGCAAAGACUGAGGCGCGAGAAAGCUAAGCCGAUUAAUAUGCAAGAGGUAAAGAAAAUGAUGUGCACUGGAAGAAGGCUGGGAAUGCAGUUUGAAGGUACCGAAGAGGAGGUGGAGUCACGGCUGUUGGAGCUGGAAGAGAUAGAUGAAAGCAGGAGACAAAGAGGGGGUUUGGGGAAUAUAGUGAAGAGGAGGGAGUUGGGUAGGCUAGUGCGGGUAGAAAAACCAAAUUUGCUAUUCCUACAAGAGACCAAAUUAGAAGGGGUGGAAGAGGGAGACGGGUAUGUGGGCAUAAAAGGGCAGUGGGGGGUAAAAAAGGAGGUAUGCUUUUUUGUGAAUAUUUAUGCACCGAAUGAAAGGAAGAAAAAAGUUGCAUUAUGGGAUGAGUUGAGGCAGAGGAUUGUUGAGGAGGGUGGUCGGUGGAUGCUUGCAGGGGAUUUCAAUGCUGUUAGGAGUAUGGACGAAAGAAGGGGAAAAACAGGGGAGAGUGCCGAUAUGAAGGAUUUUGAUCUUUUUAUAGAGACAGUAGGGCUAGUUGAUAGCAAGUUGAUAAAUCGAAAGUUUACAUGGUACAGACUAGAUGGCACUGCAAUGAGAAGAUUAGACAGGAUAUUGAUGACUGUGGAAAUGAGCAGUAUGGGUGGUGAAUGGGUGCAACAAGGACUGAAAAGAAAUAUAUUGGACCACUGUGCGAUUGUUUUGAAAACAAGGACAGCAGAUUGGGGACCCAAAUCGUUUCGAGUUCUGGAUGCAUGGCAACAUCAUCUAGAAUUUAGAAAAGUUGUUGAAGACAAAUGGAAUGAACUGGCGGUGGAUGGAUUUGCAGAAACUCAGUUUCAACAUGCAGCGAGCACUGUAGCAAAUCUUGAUAUGAAGAACGAAGAGGGAUGUAUGAAGGAGGACUUUGUGAGAUUUUUUGAGGAGUUUCACCAGAAUGGCAGGUUGCGGGUGGUAAUGUCGGAGAUCAUUAGUGAUUCUCAAUCUGCGUUUUUGGGAGGCCGUCAACUUGUGGACAGCGUGCUAGUCUUAAAUGAGGUGGUGGAAGAGGUUAAGCAGCUCAAAAAAGCAGAAGAGGAGGGAUUGAUACAAGGCAUCAUGGUGGGUAACAAUGGCUUAGCUAUUUCUUUGCUUCAAUUUGCGGAUGAUAUAGUGAUAUUGGGGAAAGCUAAUAGUGAGAGUAGUUUUACGGUCAAAACCAUUUUGAGAUGGUUUGAGUUGAUGUCUGGAUUGCGGAUAAAUUUUGGCAAAAGUAAUGUCUUUGGUUUCAACGUGGCUCCUCGGUGGAUUAAAGGGGCAGCAAGUGCUCUCCAUUGUGGUGUUGGGGAAACACCCUUUAUGUAUUUGGGUAUGCCGGUUGGUGGGAAAAGUGGGAGCAAGAAGAUGUGGGAUCCAGUUUUGCAUAAAUUUCAAGCCAAGUUAGCUGUCUGGAAGUCUGCUGUGCUGUCUGCUGGUGGUCGCCUCACUUUACUUAACUCGGUGGUAUGGGAGAGGUAUUAUGGUGGAAGGGAAGAAGUGGAUAUUACAACAGUGGAUACAGUUAGGGUGUCUAGGCUGUGGAGGGAAGUUUUGAGUAUAAGGUUGCGAUCAGAUGGUUUAAAGAAUAUGUUGGUGAAGGGUUUUAGAUGGGGGGUGGGAGAUGGAAGUAGGGUGGAUUUUUGGAAAGCAGUUUGGGUGGGGGAGAAGACUUUGAGGGAUUUGUGUCCUAGGCUUUUUCAAUUGGCGAUUCAUAAGGAUGGUUUAGUUAGUGAGAUGGGGGUUUGGGAGGAAGGUAGUUGGAGAUGGAGGAUUGAUUGGAGAAGAGGGAGACGGGGAAGAGAGAAGGAUGAGGAGGUGCUGUUGUGGGAGAUCCUAGGUAAAGUUCAACUUAAGGAAGGUGUUAAGGAUUGUUGGCAGUGGGUGCGUGUUCCUGAUGGCAAGUUUAUGGUGAGACACGCGUAUGAGUUUUUGGAAUCUACGGAUUACAUUCUUAAUGAACAAUUAUUGUCGAAUAGAGUGGGGGGAUUAAUGGAGUUGUUUGCAUAUGGGUUGGGUAGGGUGAUAGGGAAGGAAUUGGGAGCUUGCAUCUUUCUUGUCACUGCAUGGGAAGGGUAUAAUGGGGCUGCUGGGUGGGUCAUUGUCCAGCAUAAGUAUGAGGCCAUGGUACCGGAUGCUGGCCUUGUUUUGUAAGUCUCAAUUCUGCAGUUUGUAGCCUAGUUUGUAUUAUGGGUUAGAGUGCCCCUUGUACUCUGCAUUAAUAUCAUUCUAUUCAUUUUGUUGAUCAAAAAAAA